AGCAAAAAAUAACCAUGCAGGCUAUUUCCCUUCUUUCUUUUGGUUCCCGGAAUUUUGUUGGAUAAAUUUAGCUGGGUUUUGUUAGUUGGAAAUUUAGGUUUCUGUCUAAAUUUGAUAAGUGGGUUUCUUUUGACUGGUAGAUAAAAUUUUAGUCUGAGGAUUGUGAGCAAGCCAUUGUAGUUUCUAUUUUCUCUGGUUUCUUUCUUUUACGUAUCUUUGUAUUUGUGCUUUAAAUUUCGAUCAUUUUGUAUAAACGGGCACUUGUAGCAGUGGUGAAUGUGACCUAUGUUUGGUUGUCAGCUUGUAUGUUAUGAACCAAUGCCUUCUACUUGUUUGAUGAUCAAAGGGAAUCAACUUCUGUCCUUGUUUGGACCUUCAUCUUCAACAGCUUGAGGCACUGUAAAAGAUGCAUUGUGCCCUUCAAAGAACUAACAGUGAUAUCCAGAAAAAUUCGGACACUCGAAGAUAUUCCUUAUCAAAGAAAGAGCAAAAGAGUUUCAGAACAUCUUUAGAUGAUUGUGAAGUGCCUUAUUUCACAGGGAGGAACUUUGAUCGUAGGUGUCCUAUCCUUUCAGUGCUUUUCCGUGAACCUGACGGACAUUGGAGAACUGUGGCACUGCCGCCGCUAUGUCCUGACAAUAUAAAUCACUUGGUAUCUGGUACUCUGGUCAAUAUGGAUACUCUGCAUCUGGUUUACCCACCACCAAUUAAUCCAUUCAAGGUUAAUCGACAAAAGAUGCAGAAAGGGCCUCCUCUUGAUUUUACUUAUUCUGUCAAGUCAUUUACAGGUAGAAGGUUCACUGGCUCAGCUGUGCGCCACCAAUCUCGAAAUAAGACUUUGGCAAAUAAAGCUACUAAAUGGAAUGAACUUUCCAGGAAAUCUUUCCAUAAUGGCUGCAGUGAUUCCUCAAGUACCAUCCCAAAUGGUUCUAACUCUUUUAAUUCCUCAACUAUGAGCAUUGGUAAUAAAAAAAUAAACAGCAUUGCAAAAAGAAGUUCCAGAAAGAAGAGUAGAAAGAAGGGAAAACAGAGCACGAAGGUGUCUAAUGAACCGGAAGUGUUGUCUGAGGAAUAUGCCAAUGGAAGUUCAGCUUCUGAACCCUGUGGUCACAAUGAUGGGGACGGACAAGUGUCGUCUUCAACUGCACCAGAAAUUUCAUUGCCAGAUAGCGGCCCCAAGAAUUCUGAAACACCAAACACGUGCACCUCUUCCAGUGAUGAGGUUGGUAUUCCUUCUGCUGGCAAUUUUGAAAAUCAGCUUCUACUUAAAGACUCUGGAUUUCCCAUCUUUGAUGACGUGGAGGGUAUUCAUACACAGGUGAGCUGUUACAGUGAUAUGUAUACCAAAGGUUACUCUGAUAUGCAUGACACCUUCGUUUUGGAUUCAAUUUCAAUUGGUUCAAACAGUGGUGAUAGUACUAAUGCUGGUCAUGAUGAAAAACACGCUGAGAAGGAAAUUUUCAAGAUAGAUAUUUCUAAACCUCCAGGUUUGAGUUCCGGGAAGGGACGUUUUUCUUGUCAAAGAUUUUUAAAUGAUGUUGUAGACAAUUAUGAUCACACUGAGGAAGCAAGGCAUGGUAUUCAGGGUUGUCGCAGUAAUGACAUGCAAUUGGUUGUGCCUAACAAGAGAAGUAAACAAAACAAAGUAGCACCGCGAACUGCAAAUGUCUCUAAAUUUGGAAGUAAUGGAAAUCUGCAUAUUCGUAUAGGAAAGGAAAACAAUCAUUCUGUCUGGCAAAAGGUCCAGAGGAAUGAUUCCAGUGACUGCACUGGUGAGUUGAAAAAGGCAAGUUCUGUUUACUCACGGCUUGAUCUCCCUUUGAGAGAGGCUCCCUUGCUUAAAAGAACCUCUAAUGUUGCUGAUGUAAAUGCCUUUUCGAAGAGUGAGGAUAAAAAGCAGCAAAAAGAUAAGGUCUCUAAGAAAUUGAAAAGAAAAACCGGGCCAUCUUUGAAACAAGAAUACAAUUUUUAUUCCAGAAAGGGUUCACAUGCCAGCAUUGCUGGCUUAGAUGGUUGUGCGAAGGCCAGGAUGGGUCAGAAUGAUAUAUUGGAUAUCUCUUCUCAGUUGAAGGAUAAGAAAUCCUUAAGUCUUGUUUCGAGAUCUUGUUCUCCGCCUAGCUGUCCAAGGGGUGGAUAUCAGAGCAGCAAAGUAGAAUGCAUGACGUCUGAAUCAGGUCACAACAUGAAACUUUGUCAAAAUGAAAAGGAUCAUCUUGAAAGUGUCUGUGUAGGAAACAAGAAUAGCUUGGUGCAAAGAAAAUGGGAUUCCUUGAGUGAAUCAAAUCUGCUUCAGUUGCAGUCUCCAGUCUACCUUCCUCAUUUACUUUGUAACGCAACAAGUCAAGAAGUACAGAAAGAAGUUUCUCUUGCGGAAAGCAGCAGGCAAAACUCUAGUAGUUCUGGAUCUCUUACACACAAGUGGAUGCCGAUUGGGUCGAAGAAUCCUGGGUUGCCAAGCUCUACUAGAUCUGGCAGUUCAUCUCUUGAACAUUCUGAUGAGGCUGCUUCUAAGAGAUGGGCUCUUAAAGACACUGCUAAAGGGAAUGUGGUGUCCAAUGCUCAAAAUCUAGUUUCUAAAGUUGCAGUAGGGUGCACAGGUCAGAAUUCUGAAGAUGUAACCUGUUCUCAGAAUUCUGAAGAUGUAACCUGUUCUUCUGAUGCAAUUGAUGGAAGGCUUUCAAAAUCAAGCACAAUUGAAGAUCUGGCCAAUAACAAGCUUGAUGUAGCAAACCGCAUCAAUGAUUCUGCAGUAUCCAAAGAUCUCAAUGUAUUUGAAGCAGAGUCAAACAGAAUACUUGAAGCAGUGAAUAAUGCUUGUAGGGCACAAUUGGCAUCCGAAGCUGUUCAAAUGGCCACUGGCCGUCCAAUUGCUGAAUUUGAACGACUUCUUUAUUAUUCCUCCCCUGUUAUCCAUCAAUCGCCGAAUUCUAUAAGUUGUUAUACUUGCUGCUCAAGGAACCAGGUGGAUCAGGUUGGUGGUGUGUCAUUUUGCAGACAUGAGACACCUCAGAUCACUUUAGGAUGCCUAUGGCAGUGGUAUGAGAAAUAUGGUAGUUAUGGGCUGGAAAUAAGGGCAGAGGAAUUUGGAAAUUCAAAGAGGUUGGGUGCUGAUCAUUUUGCAUUUCGUGCUUAUUUUGUCCCCUAUUUGUCAGGAAUUCAGCUUUUCAGGAACGGUAGAUGUACUGAUUCUGUAGAUAUUAACAAUAGGCUUCAUAGUUCUCAGGAGUUAAGCACAUGCAGGAUCAGUAAGACACCCAAAAAAUUCUCUAGCAUUGGUAGUCUUCCAAUAUUUUCAGUACUUUUUCCUCACCCUGAUCACAAGGAACAUGCAGUAACCCCACCACUUGUAAAUCAAUUGUGUGUUUCAGAACAAUCUUCAGCUGCUGCCAAAGAUGUAUCUGCUCAAUUAGCUGACACAACAGGGUCCAGUGAUUUAGAGCUACUAUUUGAAUAUUUUGAAUCAGAACAACCUCAGGAGAGACGACCUUUAUAUGACAAGAUAAAGGAGCUUGUUAGAGGUGAUGGACUGUCACAUUCCAAAGUAUAUGGAGAUCCAACUAAACUAGACUCUAUAAAUCUAAAUGAUCUGCAUCCCAGAUCCUGGUACUCAGUGGCAUGGUAUCCUAUUUACAGGAUACCUGAUGGCAACUUCCGUGCGGCAUUUCUAACUUACCAUUCACUUGGUCAUUUUGUCCAUAGACAUGCCAAAUUUGAGUCUCGUAAUGUGGACUCUUGUAUAGUAUCUCCAGUUGUAGGUCUUCGAAGUUACAAUGCUCAGGAUGAAUGCUGGUUCCAGCUAAGGCCCUCAACACUGAGGCAGACAACAGUAACACCGGGCUUAAACCCUUGUGCAGUACUAGAAGAGCGUUUGAGGACACUUGAGGGGGCAGCAUCUCUUAUGGCAAGAGCUGUUGUGAACAAAGGAAGUAUGACAUCUGUAAACAGGCAUCCGGACUAUGAAUUCUUCCUCUCCAGGCAACGCUGGUGACUGCUCAGAAUCUUAAUUAAAUCAUUUUAACAACUCAUCGAGUAGUUUUUAAUUCCACAUCAAGCUUUGCUACAUUCAGAUAGCAUCCAACCUCGGAUGAGAGAGAGGAGUGACCAACUUCCCCGCUUCCACCCCCUUUUUCUUUGCAUCUUUACCUAUGCAUGGAAGUGGUUCCAUAUGCAUAUAGCUUCUCUGUUUCUUUUUGUUUAGUUUGGUUACACAAAUGUAUAUAUAAUGCUUUUCCUUGUAUUUGUUUCGAAAAUUGGAAUAUGUAAUAUAUGUAGAUAGAGACCGUUGGAAGGCUAAAAUCAAGCCAAAGUUGAUUCAAUUAAAUUUUAAGAAUAGCUAUCGUUUUA